UUUAAAAAUAUUUGAAGUCGCUUUUUUUCAAAUCAUUUAUUUUACGAUUCCAACCGAGCCGCUGAUUUCAAAGGUAGGAAUGGGUAGUUUCAUGAUUUGUGAGAAAGCUCAUUUUUUAACGAAUGUCCAUAGCUGUGUCCGUUGGCGUUGUGAUCUCUUUUUUAGCAACAUUUUAAGCUUAAAAACUUGCCAACUCAAUCAAUGUCGAUACAAAUUUCGGGGUAGCAAACCCAGGCCUAGUAUUUUGGAGAGGAGGGUGAUGGAAGAGAUCACAAAGCCAUUCUACCCAGAACAACUUACUGAAGACUUGUCAUUGACAUGUUCCAUCAUCAAAUACAGAAAACAGGAAACUUUUGGGAAUAGGGCUCUCAGUAUUAAAGACAACAAGUAUGAACAGUUUUUAAAGAAAGAAGCCCAUAAAAUAUUGUCAAACAGUUUUCUCGUUGCACUAUGUCAGCUAGACAGCUUUGAUAUCAGACGACUGACCGUCAUUAAUAAUUUAUUUCUAGAUAAUUCCCUGCACCUUGUUGUAUUUCCUGAAAAUAUCAUGAGAAAAUGUUUGAUGGAGACAAAAUACAAAAACCUAAGUGACCUGAUGACUUUACACACAGCUCUGAUUGUUUCAACGGAGGAUAACGUGCCCAAGAUGAUAAGAACAUUCAAGAAAUUACCCGACGUACACUUGCUAGGAGGAGCUGUCGGCGAAACACUGCUGACUAAACAAGGCAUGAUCAAUUAUGCAAACCUGCCAUCUAGCGAACAUCUGCUGGGGACACUAAUUUCAAAUAUCAACUCGCCUAUUAGGACCACAUGCUCUUUAUUGUCUAGCCAUCAAAGACGUUUAUCAAAUCUCUUUUAUAAUAUCCUGCAAACUAAAUCUUAAUAACUAAACGAAUGAAUGGAUGGAGGCUAGAUAGAUAAUGGAUGUCAGAUA